GACCUGCCAGAGUAUUAAAGCUCAAGGCCAAUCCUCUAGCCGUGCAGUUCCUCACAUGCUCAUUGUUUGAUCGGAUCUCUGUUGCUGUAUCACUGACCAUCAUUCAACAGCAACAGGCAAAAUGAAGAAAAUCUACAAUGUCUACUUCCUGUGUGGCUUUGCCACAUUGGGUGGUGGUUUGUUUGGUUUUGAUAUCUCCUCCAUGAGUGGUGUUUUGGGAACUGCUGCGUAUACCAACUACUUUCAGGUAGGUAGCGGCCAGUAUAAGCAGGGCAGUAUUACCUGCGCAAUGCCAUUUGGCUCGCUUGUAGGGGCACUGUGUUCCAGCUUUAUCGCCGAUAAGUACUCGCGUGUGACGGCCAUCCAGUGUUCUUCCAUCCUAUGGAUUAUUGGAUCUGCUUUCAUGUGUGCAUCGAAUGGAAUCCCUCUCUUGGUCGUAGGUCGUGUCGUCGCCGGCGGCUGUGUCGGUAUCGCGUCAGCCAUGGUCCCAGUCUAUCAGGCUGAAAUCGCGCCCAAGGAAAUCCGAGGACGAGUUAUUUCGCUGCAGCAAUGGGCGAUCACCUGGGGUAUCUUGAUCCAGUAUUUCAUCCAAUAUGGUGCCAGCAACAUCGACGGCGGCCCAGACAACCCCCACCAGAGUACCGCCGCCUUCCGCAUCCCCUGGGGAAUCCAAAUGGUACCUGGCGUCAUCCUCUUCUUUGGCAUGUUCCUCUUCCCCAAGUCUCCUCGUUGGCUCGCUAGCAAGGACCGCUGGGAAGAAGCCCUCCACGUGCUCGCGCGGCUCCACGGUAAAGGAGACGUGAACCAUCCCAAAGUCCUCGCCGAAUACAAGGAAAUCCAAGAAGCCUUGGCGCUGGAGCGCGAACAAUCCUCCACUAGCUUCGCCGAGCUCGUCAAGCCCCGCAUCUUCAAGCGUGUCAUCCUCGGCAUGAGUCUGCAGAUGUGGUCGCAGCUCUGCGGCAUGAAUGUAAUGAUGUAUUACAUCGUGUAUAUCAUGCAAGCUACGGGUACCGGCUCACCCCUGUUGACCGCGUCGAUCCAAUAUAUUCUCAACACGGCCCUGACAUUGCCCGCCAUCAUAUACCUCGACAGGUUUGGUCGUCGCCCAGCUAUUCUCAUCGGCUUCUUCCUCCAGGCCAUCUUCCUCUACCUGGAAGGAGGACUACAGGCCGGGUUCGGGGCUCCAAACCCUCACACAGACCCCAAGCUCGAUGCCAUCUCUUGGACCGUGGCCGCCCAUCCUGCCGUUGGAAAGGCGAUCAUCGCGCUCUCCUACCUCUUCGUCUGUUCCUUCGCGACAACAAUUGGCCCCACCUCCUGGACCUACCCAGCUGAAAUCUACCCGGCAAAGGUCCGCGCCAAAGCCGUCUCCCUCGCGACCGCCUCAAACUGGAUCUGGAAUUGUCUCCUCGCCCUCUUCGUUCCGCCAUUGCUCUGGUCCAUCAACUGGAAGAUGUACAUGAUUUUCGCAGCCUUCAAUACCGCAGCAUUCAUCCACAUGUUCCUCACCGCGCCGGAAACCAAAGGCUACACCCUCGAAGAAAUGGACGACGUGUUCGACAGCGGUAUUCCCGCCUGGCGCAAGCUCAACAAACGCAGCCGAAUGGAUGAGCUCGAACGAGAAAUCACAGAAGGAAACCUUAAGAUCGCGUCCACGAAUGAUCAUACCGGCGUGGCGGUCACCCGCGAGACUCCUGAGAAAUUGGCGUAAUGAAUGGUCGGUUAUGAUAUGAGUGGAGAGAGGUAUAGUUUCGUCCGAUUACCUCCUAGACUGGGGUCCUUGUCUGCAAUACAGAGAUGGAUGGAUGUAUGGCACAGACGGGCUGUGUGGAGUGAUUGGAUUUGGUUUUGUGGGGGGGUGAUA